ACACAUUUUUCAAAUUCAACAUCAAACCAGACAUCUGAUGACAAAGCAUCCACCUGCAGUUAUCAGAAUGUUCUUGAUCACCUGCAUCUGACCAAAGCUAAUGAAACUUUCACCAUGAGCAGACCUGUUAAAGAUCAUACAAAUAAAACAGUCUUAUACCUUGAAAUGAUAGUCUAUGCCAUCCUGGAUGUGAAAGAGACAGAUCAGACAUUCAUUGCAUAUGUUUGGAUUUACAUGGAGUGGGGAAAUGACUACGCUUUAUGGAAUAAAGAUGACUUCUGUGGAAUUUCAGAAAUAAUUGUUCCCACAGAGGUAUUGUGGAAGCCAGACUUAACAAUUGAAGAGAUGGUAGAGAAGGACAAAGCUCCUCCAAGCCCCUUUCUCAAAAUACACAGUAAUGGGGUGAUUGAAUAUAGGAAUGACCAGAUUGUGAUCAGCGCCUGUAGGAUGCAUGUUUACAAAUUCCCUUUUGACAUUCAGAAGUGUAACAUCACUUUCAAGUCCUACUUGUAUGCAGAACAUGAACUAGAAAUUGACGUAGAAAGAGAUAGUUCAGUAAUAUCAAAGUGGUCUCGUGAAAUAAUGGCGACAGAAUUUGAGUGGGUGUUUGUCAACAUGUAUGUCAAGAGUUCUACAGUGAACCAUUAUGGAUACAAUCAAACCGUUGUUGUUUACACUGUAGAAAUGAAGAGAAAAUCUGUUCUCCACUUUGCUAGCUUUGUGCUGCCUAUCCUCUUCUUCUUGUGUCUGGAUUUUUUCUCCCUCCUCCUGCCACAUGGUGGAGGGGAGAAGAUCGGCUUCAAGAUCACUGUGCUGCUUGCCGUCACUGUGAUGCAACUUAUCCUCAUCGAGAUCCUACCUUUUACAUCAAGCAAAAUUCCCCUUUUAGUGGUGUACAUCCUUGGGAUUUUUGGACUAAUGUUGCUCAGCCUCCUGGAGACUAUUGUGGUAAACAAUCUGAUAGAGAAGGACUCAGCGUCCCAGGACGAUGCCCAAAGUUUGAAUGAAGAGCAUGAGCUAAAGAAAUGCUUUCAUUGUGCAUCCAAAUUUGAUGAAACUGCUGAUCAAUACGCAUCUAUUGACAAAGAGGGAAGCCACGACCUACUGACUCAGGUGUUCCUGGCUGUGGAAAAUGUCUCUGACGAACUGCAGGGAAUGAAAAGAUCUGUGACGUUCCUGAGCAACAAAAUGGAGAAAAAGCCCAGCUACUGGGUAAUCUGCAGGAUCCUUCUGUCUGCCGUACUGAAGCACCAGGCUUAG